UUCAAUACGGCCGUCUGUUUACGGUCUGGGCCGGGCGACUGCCGACGCCCGUUAUAAUGUGACCGGCGCACGACAACGCGCGUCUCUCCUCAAGGUGUUUGCGAUGUGGUACACGUGGACCGUGUUACUGCUUGUGUCCUGUGCGCUGGUCGCGGCGGAGGGCCAGGCGGAGGCCGUAGCGGGGGCGCAGACCGAGGCCCCGGUGACGGCGACGCCAGGGCCCACCGCGACGCCCCGCGCGCCAUCCCGCUCGCCACCCCGCACGCUCGACCGACAAGCCGCCGAGCUCGCCUGGCGGUCCUGGUUGCAAAGCCCCGAGAGCGGCAACCCCAACGCCCCCGCGAGACGAAUCACAACUAAAUCCUUGUUCAUCACUCCCCUCGUCUGCCCCAAAGGACAGCGACUCGAUCGGAACGGCUGUGUUCAGGUAGUGACCGUCGACAAAAAUGAACACGAGCGCAUCUUACUUGAACAUCUAAAUGCAUUGUUCACAUCGGCGCCUGGUGGCAGCGAUGUGCAAUACGACUACGGUGAUGAAGAACCGGGCCCUCUGCAGCUCUCUAUACCCAUCGGUUAUGAUGCGCAAGCAGCUCCUCUGCAAUCUCAAGAUCAAGGCGACACGGGGCAGGACCUCAACUACGUGAAAAUCGACAAAAAAGGCGAUGAUGCACAAACAAACGAUGCCAGUAUAGAGGCUGAAUUAGAACUGCUGAAACUCCAACAAGGUCACAACAAUACAACUGGUACUAAAGGCAGCCACGUUGUAAGCCAAAACGCACUCACUAAUUUCUUAGCCUACCACGAAAAACCAAAGCGUGACAGUCCUAUGAUCAAUUCUAGUGAAAUAGAAACUUUGAAUUCCACGGACGUCGGACAGAAGGAAGAAGUUUUUGGACACGUAGCUGUUGAUCCCGUAUUAUACGAUACUUCUUAUCAAAAUCAACAAUUGCCAACAGAACACGAAAUUGAAUAUUCUAGUGAAACAUCAUCGACUGACAGUCCAUUAAAUGCCCCCAACGAUACAACUAUCGAAAGCAGCUCUACAGUCUCUAAUAAUGCAACGAAACAAACAGACUCGCCAGAAUUGAAGAAGGAAAAUGAUAAUUCUAAAUUAAAUCCAGAACAUGAUUACUCCGACAUUGGCGAAGCGAUAAAGAUAAUAAGCCGAUUCGCUGAAGUUACUACUGACGACAAUUUCGCUAAAGACAAAAGUAAUUCCUCGAAAGAAGAAACUAGCAGCAUUUUGGGUACUCGUACGAAACUUCAAUACCGACGUAACAAACCAAAACCGGCAGAACCGGCGGAGGACACAGCGGUCAAGACCCUAGACCAGAUAUCGGAUGACGAAAAACAUCAACAAAACCAUCCAACUAAAAAUCUAUACUUUAGAUAUUCUUGGCCAAACCAUUUACGUUCACCACAGUCUGACUAUCCUUUCAAAAAUGUACAAGACUACUGGCCGGGACAGCGCCACGUUGGAGGGGUUUAUGCAAUGCACGAGAAUCCACGGCGACAUCACCACACUUAUCCCCAUAAUUAUUUCCGGCCACGCACGUAUCCUUACACAGACUACUCUCAGUUGUACCCGAGGCUGCGUGAAAACUACUCCGGACUUCAUCGAUACCCUCACAGAGUGGCGCGUCACGAGGCUAGUCCGAUGCGACCCCACACCAAUGAUCAAGACCUUUACACCUUACUCGGUCUCAGACAUUGGUUCAGCGGCGAAGGCACUUCGAAGAGAUAGAUCGCUUUCCCAACAUCGAUCGUAGAUAAAAUUGACGUUACCCGACGACAUAUAAUGGAAGCUAUGGGAAAAUGUUUAACUCAAAUAUUAACUCUCAAAUAAACAAUUGCAUUUAAAAUUAAUAUUUGUUAACAAUUGUCAACUUAGAAACUUCGUGUCGUCUUCUUCGUCCAUAGCUUUCAAUAUAUUAGCUUAUUUAUUUCAAAGCCAAAUAUUACAGUCAUAGUUAAUUAUUUUCUUAGCUGUAUAAGUUUUUGUAAAUACUCUUCAUAUUAAGCGUUUAAUUGCAACUAAAAAUGUAAUUGUUCUAAUAGUAUUAUCGUUGUUUUGUAUUAUGUAAAUUGUUGUAUCAAUAAUUAUUUAAUUUAUGUCUAUUUUAACGAUGUAUAUUUUUCUCGCUUUUUAUAUUUGUUGUUGUGAAUUAGUCGAAUGUACCUAAUGCAAAAAUGUGUUGUCGUAUUUAGUUGUCGUACAAAUGUAACCGGCGCGGGAUUGCCACAGAUAAUAAUCGAAAUGAUUAUUAUUAUAAAGUAGGUACUUACUUGUAGAUAGAGCUGUGGACGCAUACUUUUUUUUACUUUUUCAAUGUAGAUAUAGAUAGGUUUGUAUUCUAUUAUUUGAAUUUUCAAUACAAUCAAAAUGAAUUUAGAAUCAUUCAACCCACCUACCUGCCUAGUAUGAAAACUUUCUCAAUGCAAGUUAUUUUAUUUUAAUUUUUAUAAAAAAAAUUCUUGAUUUAACAAUUUUGCUUUAGAUAAAAACUUGCCAAAUCUUAUUGUCAAUGCACAUAAACUUAAUUAUUACAUAUCUCUAUGCAAAAUAAUGUCUUGUAAUGCAUACUAUGAAUAUUCAAAUAUUCUUUGUAAUGUUAUUAAAAUUAAAUCCUUAUUGAAACAAAAAUAACUGAAUAAUUACCCAUAUAAUGAUCCCACCAAAGUUUAGUUUAAGUCUUUAGUAUCUUAUACAAUAAAAUUAUUUAAUACUAAUAUGUA